CUUUCACCAUAGACUUCGUUCUUCUUCAGUGCCUGUCCUUCUUCAUCAGAAAAAUCGUAUAACCCCUUUGCUCUUCUUACUGUAUCAUCUCGCUCUGCAAUCUUCCUUUCAGAUCCAGAUAUGUUUAUUGGUUCUGUUUGAUGUUUGAUUGCUGAACUAUUAUUAAAAUGAAUAAGCUAGUAGAGUUUGGAAGGAAAGCCCUUUUCUAUGUAAGGGUUCUUUCCGGGUACGAGGAACGGAGAAUACGUAAUUAUAGAUUGCAGCUCGAGAAGCGUCUCACGCAGGCACAAGAAAGAAAGGCAGCGCUGAGAAAAAUCCCUGAACAGACCGUAUUAGCAGAAGUUCGUCGAAUGGUUGAGGAAAUGAAAACUUUAAAUCGGAAGCUAGAAGAAACUGAGGUAGCUAUUGAAGAGUACUUCAAGCCGAUAGACAAAGACGCUGAGAUGAUAAUGAAGAUGCAGCUUGACGGGGAGGAAAAAUCAAUGAAAGAAAUGAUGAAAACUAUGCAAACACAGGCUAUACUUGAAAGAGCCGAAGCAGAAAAGGAUGCAAUUGCACGUCAUGUAGACAACAACCAACAUAACCAGGAGGCAGAAUCUUCUACCAAGCAGCAAGCUCAGAUGAGAUAAUUUCAUAAACUCGGAUUAAGUUAGCAUAGAAAUAGUUUUGCAAGUGUAUGGCUCGUAUUUUGAGAAUGAAUUUAAAGAAUUUGCCUUAGCAGUUUGAAUAAUAAUCUGAACAACAGUUCAUCAAAUUUUUGUAAAAAAUUAUAAAUGUUCUACAGUGAUUGAUAUUGCAUGAUUCAAAAAUUUCAGAUUUUCUUUUCAA